AAGUAAUUGGCAGAAAAAAAUUCUUUUAAUUCUGUACACAUGCCAACAGGACGGGAUGCAGGGAGGGGGGAGAGAGACAGUGUGUGUGUGUGUAUGUGUGUGUGUGUGUGUGUGAGAGAGAGAGAGAGAGAGAGAGAGAGAGAGAGAGAGAGAGACAGUGUGUGUGUGUGUGUGUGUGUGUGUGUGUGUGUGUGAGAGAGAGAGAGAGAGAGAGAGAGAGAGUGUGUGUGUGUGUGUGUGUGUGUGUGAGAGAGAGAGAGAGAGAGAGAGAGACAGUGUGUGUGUGUGAGAGAGAGAGACAGUGUGUGUGUGUGUGUGUGAGAGAGAGAGACAGUAUGUGUGUGUGAGAGAGCGAGAGAGAGACAGUGUGUGUGAGAGAGAGGGAAAGUGCGUGUGUGUGUGUGUGAGAGAGAGAGAGACUGUGUGUGUGAGAGAGAGGGAAAGUGCGUGUGUGUGUGUGUGAGAGAGAGAGAGACUGUGUGUGAGAGAGAGGGAAAGUGCGUGUGUGUGUGUGUGAGAGAGAGAGAGACUGUGUGUGUGAGAGAGAGGGAAAGUGCGUGUGUGUGUGAGAGAGAGAGAGAGAGACUGUGUGUGUGAGAGAGAGGGAAAGUGCGUGUGUGUGUGUGUGAGAGAGAGAGAGACUGUGUGUGUGAGAGAGAGGGAAAGUGCGUGUGUGUGUGUGUGAGAGAGAGAGAGACUGUGUGUGUGAGAGAGAGGGAAAGUGCGUGUGUGUGUGUGUGAGAGAGAGAGAGACUGUGUGUGUGAGAGAGAGGGAAAGUGCGUGUGUGUGUGUGUGAGAGAGAGAGAGACUGUGUGUGAGAGAGAGGGAAAGUGCGUGUGUGUGUGAGAGAGAGAGAGAGACAGUGUGUGUGAGAGAGAGGGAAAGUGUGGAAAGAGGAGGAGAAAGUCAGAGAGAGAGGGAGAUGCAGGACGUGAAGGAUAGCUCUGCUCUGCACUGAGGGAUUUUUACAGGAUUCCUGUCGUCUGUCUCCUCUCCUUUCAUCUCCACUUCACUCUUCCACUCGUCUGCCGCUAAUGGUUCUUCUCCUGAGAGCGGAGAGAGAGAUGGACAGACUCUCCGACACAGUGCACUUCUUCUUUCUCCUGCUGCUCCUGCACAUGUCCACCUCCACGCACGCAGCCAAUCCUGUGGAUGUCUUAAAGACCCUUGAGCUAUCAGACACGAUGGAGGGCGUGUCCUUGGAGGCGGGGUUUUGCACCAGUCGAGGGGGCAAAGAGGAAGUAGAUCUGGCCUUUAAGAUUGAUAAGAAAAUACAGAUCAGUAUUCCGACACAACAACUGUUUCCUGACUCGGCGUUUCCGGUUGAUUUCUCGGUGAUGGCGACUGUGCGAGCUCACCGCGGUGCUCAGUGUUUCCUGUUGAGUUUGUAUGACAGCGAGGGAGUACAGCAGCUGGGGCUCGAGCUCGGCCGCUCACCCGUCUUCCUGUACGAAGAUCAGGGGGGACAACCGAGCCCCGACCUUUACCCCGUCUUCAAAAAGGUCAACCUAGCCGACGGCAAGUGGCACAGAUUGGCGUAUAGUGUGGAGGGAAAGAAGGUCACACUCUACCUUGACUGUGAAAAGGUCAUGACCCUUGACCUCCCCCGGGGUGACGACCCCAAAAUCAGCACUGAUGGAGUUAUGGUGUUUGGAAGACGACUCCUCGAGGAGGAAGUGUUUGAGGGGGAGAUCCAGCAGCUGUUAAUAGUCCCAGAUCCCAGUGCAGCAGCAGAUUACUGUCAGAACUACAUCCCUGACUGUGACUACACCCUCCCUUACACCAGCCUGUCACUGGACCCUGAGGAGGUAGCCCCGCCCACAAUGAUUUAA